AUGCCAAGCGGUGCCGAUCAUUCAACGCUCUACGACCCGACUAUAGGUCUUCUUUGUGUGUUCAAUCUCAUUGUUGGUACUGGAGCAUUGGCUUUACCAAAAGCGUUUCAGACCGCCGGCUAUGUCCUCAGUAUAGUUGUGCUUGUGAUUUCAUGCACUGUAAGUUAUAUAUCAGCAACAUUUGUUGUUGAAGCGCUUUCUGUAGGAAAUGCAGUUAAUGUGCGCAAGCGCAGAGAAGAGACACAAGCUUCGGAAUUCGAUGAUGUGGUUAUUAGCGAAAGUGGCCCCUCUUCAUUUGAAAUCAACGAAAAAAUUGAACUCAGUCAAAUGGCUUCGAUGUUCCUCGGUCGAUGUGGAGUCGUUUUCAGUCACCUUGCACUGAAUAUUUAUCUCUUUGGUGAUCUAACCAUAUACUCCACCACGGUUCCCAAAUCGUUGAUGAAUAUUAUAUGUGCACCUGUGAACACAUCCACUGUUCUGCCUUCUGAUAAUUGUCGAGAUAACUGGCCAGCAUUUUUCAGUCGUUUUAUGGCCUUUAUUCUGAUGAUCGUUCUGGCUUCUGCACAAAUGAUAACAAAUGGCGUUCCCGGGACUCCUCCAGCAGUGAAUGUUCAUGGCUUCGGUUCGCUUUUCGGAGUUGCGGUUUAUGCGUUCAUGUGUCAUCACAGCCUUCCAUCUCUAAUCACACCUAUGAGUUCUAAAUCGGGAGUAUUUGCGAAACUUCUUUGUGUAUAUGUACUGGUCAUAUCAUUUUAUUUCACUCUUUCUUUAACCGGUUCUUUUGCGUUCGCCAAUGUACAGGACGUCUACACUCUCAACUUUCUUCAUGACGACUUUACGUCGUUGUUCUAUUUUAUCUGUGAUCAUUUCUUAGCAAUGUUUCCUGUGUUCACCCUCACAACUAACUAUCCCAUUGUUGGCAUUACGCUUAUUAAUAAUAUGCGAGUUGUUCGGGAUAUGGUUUGGGAUAUGGUAAUGCCUACAAGUUCUCGGGUUCUUUCUGAAGAAGAGUCUCUUCUACAUGAUGAUGAUCAGCAUGAUUCUGGGCUGCGGAGAAACACUCGUUACGAUUGUAUAAGUCUUCAGCCGUACGACAUAAUGGUUCCGGUCUUUGCAAUAGCGUUACCAACAACAGUUAGCCUAAUGACGGAUGAUGUUCUUCUGCUGGCUACUGUAACAGGUUGCUAUCCAGGUGUUGUAGUACAAUUCCUUAUUCCGUGUUUAUUGGUUAUGAGAUCGCGAACGUACGCAAAGAGUGUGCUCAAUUUCCCGGUGCCGAAAAGAUAUGCUAGUCCCUUCCAAUCCAGUUACUGGCCAUAUGCAAUAUUUGUCUGGUCCGCGUUCGCUGUCAUUAUGGUUACUCUCAACAUUCUUGGUUUUCGGUUUUAG